AUGAACGUUUUAAAUUUGCAACUGCAAAGGAAUAAUUUUACCCUCAUUCAAGCGAAAAGUGCAAUCAGUUUCAUAAGCAAAAUCAAACUGUACAAACAAAACCUGGGAAGGAAGGAGUUUUGUCAGUUUCCGUCCAUGAAAAGCAUUUCACACGUAUUUACUGAAUAUGAUCUGAGAGCCUAUUGUGCACAUCUACAGCAACUCAGUGAUGACUUUCAGACAAGAUUUAAAGAUUUGAUGGAAUUGAAUAUUCCUGAUUGGGUAAAGAAGCCAUCUGUGUGCAAACCAGAGGAACAAAAUAUUGAUUUGCAGAAGGACAUUGUCGAGUUACAAUGUGACGAAGAAGGAAAGAUGAUCUUUGAAAAUGAAGGCCUGCAUGAAAUGUGGUUGCAUUGCAGUGUGAAGUUUUCUUUACUCUGGAAUGAAGCAAUGCUAUUUUUCAUUAUAUUCCCAUCAUCUUACCUGAUGAAGAAGGUAUUUAGCGCGGUAAACCAAGUUUUUACUAAAAGCAGAAACUGA